GAUAAUAGUCAUAGUGAUUAUAUUAAUGCAAAUUUUCUACCAGGUUUUAACAGUAGUAAGGAAUAUAUCGCUACCCAAGGACCACUUCCUGGAACCAUCAAUGAUUUCUGGAGAAUGAUAUGGGAGUACAAUGUUACUAUUAUUGUUAUGUUAACGUCCUGUAAAGAAAGUGGUCGGUCAAAAUGUGCACAAUACUGGCCUAGUGAAUUUGGUGACGCGGUAGUGUAUGGUGAUAUUAGAGUAGAAAACACUUCAUCUUCUACGAUUAAUACAUAUACUUGUAGUGUAUUACAUUUAACAACGAAGACUCAGAGUGAAGUGCGAGUUGUGAAACAUUUUCAUUUUUUAACAUGGAAAGAUAUGACAGCAUCUAUUGAGAGACAUGAUAUUCUGGAAUUUAUUUCUACUAUUAGACAACAUAUAACACCACAGCAGGACGGACCUAUUGUGGUGCACUGCAGUGCUGGUGUUGGCAGAACUGGUACUUUUAUAGUGUUAGAUUAUAUAAUGCAGUAUAUACAAACACAUGACCUCAAAAAUACUUUAGAUAUUUAUGGUUUUAUAAUGAAGUUACGAGAUUAUAGAGUCCUUAUAGUACAGAGUGAGGUAAGUAGGUUCGCCUGCUAG